CUUGUCCGCUCACUACUCAUAUAAGUUGCUAUUCGCUUUCAGUUCUGUGGAGGAAACAAAUCCUGAAAAAAAGAAACCAAAAUCACAAGGAAAGAAGAAGAAGAAGAAGAAAGGAUUGAGGAAAAUUAGAGAAAAUGGCGUUGAAGUUGAAUGCCUUCAACUUUCAAUCUCACAAAUACUCUUCUUUUGUUCUUCCACCAAUGGUGAGCUUUAGAUCUCCAAAGUUUUUCAUGGCUGCUAGCCUUCGUUCUGGUACAAAGGAAGUUGAGACGAAGAAGCCCUUUUCUCCUCCUCGUGAGGUUCAUGUUCAAGUAACACACUCUAUGCCGCCUCAAAAAAUUGAGAUUUUUAAAUCUAUGGAGGACUGGGCGGAUCAAAAUUUAUUGGUUCACCUGAAACCAGUUGAAAAAUGCUGGCAACCACAGGAUUUCCUGCCCGAUCCUGCUUCGGAUGGAUUUCAUGACCAAGUCAAGGAAUUGAGGGAGAGGGCUAAAGAGAUUCCAGAUGAUUAUUUUGUUGUUUUAGUUGGGGAUAUGAUCACAGAAGAAGCCCUUCCAACAUAUCAGACUAUGCUUAAUACGUUGGAUGGUGUCCGUGAUGAAACCGGAGCAAGCCCUACUUCUUGGGCCAUUUGGACACGGGCCUGGACUGCCGAAGAGAACCGGCACGGUGACCUCCUCAACAAGUAUCUUUAUCUUUCAGGGAGAGUUGACAUGAGAGCAAUUGAGAAGACAAUCCAAUACUUGAUUGGAUCUGGAAUGGAUCCUAGGACAGAAAAUAAUCCAUACCUAGGAUUUAUUUACACAUCAUUCCAAGAGAGGGCAACUUUUGUAUCCCAUGGGAACACAGCUAGACUUGCUAAGGAGCAUGGAGAUAUCAAGCUGGCUCAAAUAUGUGGCAUAAUUGCUGCGGACGAGAAGCGCCAUGAGACAGCAUACACCAAGAUUGUUGAAAAGCUUUUCGAGAUCGACCCUGAUGGCACUGUGCUAGCAUUUGCUGAUAUGAUGAGGAAAAAGAUAUCUAUGCCAGCACACUUGAUGUACGAUGGGCGCGACGAUAACCUCUUUGAUCACUUCUCAGCAGUUGCUCAGCGUCUCGGUGUCUACACUGCUAAAGACUAUGCAGAUAUACUGGAGUUUCUAGUAUGUAGGUGGAAAGUGGCUGAUCUGACUGGAUUAUCUGGAGAAGGAAGAAAAGCUCAGGAAUACGUAUGCGGGUUGCCACCAAGAAUCCGAAGAUUGGAAGAAAGAGCUCAGGGUAGGGCAAAACAAGGACCAAUCAUGCCAUUUAGCUGGAUAUAUGAUAGAGAGGUGAAGCUCUGAGUUGCACAACAAAUGAAAGAAACAAGGGCUGUGUUAGUGUUGUUCUCUCCAGCAAGUCUCUGCUCAUGUAGGAUCUCUAUUAUAGAUAGUGUGUUUAAAUCUCUAAUGUCUUGGCAAUUCACAUUUAUUGGUUUCUUUAUGGGAUGAGAUUUUGCUGGGAAUGAUUCUGGUGAGAUGUAGAUACAGUUGUUUCUGUUUGUGUUGUUAGGUCUCUGCUAUAUAGGAACAGCUGUAGUUUCUUUGGUUUUUUUCCUCUUUGAAAUGUUCUGAACUAUGAGUUUGUUUCCCUUUCUAGUGCUUUUGUGACUAAACAUGAUAUCAAAUCUCAAUGCAACUUUGAUACUUGUCAUGA